AUGGCAGCCGCCAGAACAGGGUCCUGCCCUCUGCUGCUGCCCUUGCUGCUGUAGCUGUGGGUGCCUAAGGGUCCAGUCAGGGCCAAGCCCAGCAACAUGACCUCGGCUCUGCGGUUUGAAAUUCAGCACGUGCAGCCCAGGCCCCAGGGAUGCAACACGGCGAUGGGCAAGGUCAACAAGUACACAAAACAUUGCAAACCCUUCGACACCUUCCUGCAUCAAACCUUCUCCAGUGUGGCCGCCACCUGUCACACCCCCACGGUAGCCUGCAAGAAGGGUCGAAGAAACUGCCACCAGAGCAAAAACCGUGUCUCGCGGAGCCCAUGUGAGCUCACCUCAAGGAAGUACCCAGGGUGCAAAUACAAAGAGAGGAGAGGUGCUUCUUACAUUGUGGCCUGUGACCCUCCUGAGAAAGGGGACUCUAGGAAAUUCAAGCUGCUUCCUGUGCACUUGGACAAAACCCUUUAGGUUUUCGGCCUUCCUGCCUCUCGUGCUACACCUGACUUCCCUCUCUGGGCCUCUAGGCCACUCCUCACAAGCCCACAGGUUAUCUUCCUCCCAUGUCUUAGGGCCCUUCCUAGCUCAGUCUCUUCUAAGAGGGCUGAGCUCCAGAAGAAAUGGCCUUUCUUCUUUCUGUGGCUGUUUUCCCAGGAGCUUAUACCCCAAGAGAGGGGCUGAGCAAGCUAGGAGUAUGGGUUCCCUGGUCUAUGCCUUGGACCUCUCUCUCCUGACCCAUCUUUUCACAGCAGCAUGACAAGAGGAGGAAAUGAAAGGACAAGGAGGGUAUGAAAUUUAUGGACAGAGCUGUUCCUGUUCCUGAACUAGGAAUCUUCCACAACUAACGUGCUGGUGACAUGACCUGUGUGUAAAAAGACGGC